AAGACUCGCUCGUUCACUGAGGACUUUUCACAUCAUUCUCUGACAUUUCUGGAUAUGCCCGCUGUCUAAUCUCCAUCAUGCUGAGCACGAAGAGCUCCUGCGUGGGAAUGAUGAGCGCUGCCGUGCAUGGGAUGGACCGCAGCAGGGUCGGGGAGAGGCUGCAGGCUGCCCUGGCCGGGCUGCAAGAACUGCAUCUGCUCCGGGAACGGCAGAGAGACAUGGUGAGCUGGGCUCUGAGGGCGGACCGGGAGGAGCCGCUCACUGGCCCGAACGAGAGCAUGAGUACGAUGGGGGCCGAGGAGCAGCGGCUGGAGGCGACCCUCACAGCGCUCAAGCAACAGCUGUCUCGUCUUCGGAAACAGGACGUAGGACUGAAAACACACCUACAGCAGCUGGACCAACAAAUAAGUGAGCUGAAGUUGGAUGUGAGCAAGGCCUCCACAGAGCAACUGGAGAGUGACAGCAGGCCAAGUUCAGGUUUUUACGAGCUCAGCGAUGGUGGCUCAUGCUCCUUGUCCAACUCCUGCACCUCAGUGUACAGCGAGUGCCUGUCGUCCUCCCAGACGAGUCUUCUCCUCCCUUCCACGAGCCCCGCUAAUGCUCAAGUUAGUCCACAAUUACAAAAGGAUGUUUACCGUCGCCGCUCGGCCGAUGAAAGCGCAACCCAGCCCAACAGUACCCGUGGCAUUCAUCUGGGAAGCAGCAGGAUUAGGGCGAGCUGCGUCGUUGCCGAACAUGGACGAACAAGACCUGUGUCAACAGGUGACCUCGAACGGAUGAUGACUCAAGGACUAAACUAUAAAUCUGUGGAUGCCAAGAAACAACCAACGUACCCCAACCCGAAGAUCCCCAUGAUGGAUCCAAAGUUCCAGAGCAAUUUGGUGUCCCGCAAUGGAAUUGAACUGUACCACUACCCCAGUCCACUGCAUGCGGUGGCCCUCCAAAGCCCAAUCUUUUUCCACUGUGGGGAACCUGCCAUACCGGGACUUGCAGAAGGAGCCCCAGUGAGUGAUUCUGACACACUCCAGGGUACUGAGCUGGGAUAUGAUACCAAGACUUUAGGCUAUAUUGACAAACUCCUACACCGCAGCGCUAGCAAAAGCCAAAUUGAAAUGUCCCCUAUGGCUAUGCAGGCACAUAGCAACUAUCAGAGGAAACCGACUGAAGUCGCAACUGUGUUUCCUCAGAAACCGGUAUCUCCUCCUCAACCUCCCCCGUCUCAAGCCAUAAACAUCAUACCACUAGAUAAUGAACAGAGGAAACACCGCAUGACACAUUCCAGUCCAGAAACAACUGAUAACGCAGACCACCAACAGUCAAUGAGACCUCAGGAGGUUUCGUAUGGGCAAUCCUAUCUUGCUGUCAUGAGAGAGUACAGCUCUGAUGAGGUGACUAUGUCAUCACUGAGGAAGAAGGACAAAACCCAAGUUGUUUCAAGAGGCCAAGCACAGAAGACAUGUGGGGAUAACUCAAAAUCAAGGCCGGUAGAGAAGAAGGGUCAUAGGCAAAGACCAGUCUUGUCGCACAGCUCAAGCGCAGAGGACAGUCAAAGCUUUGAGGUGCACAAUGGCCACAGAGGCUCCUUCGAGUUUGUCCACGCCAAAUUUGUCCCAGCUGGAACUCAGAGGGUCAAGGUGAGACAGGCUGAUCGUAAAACCAAAGCAAUAAAACUUAAAAGAAAGAGCGAAGAGAGAAAGCCUCGAGGACUGAGGCAGUCGCAUGGAUGUUCAUCUGGCGAAAGAACACGAGAAUCUUGUGGAUCCAAGGGAGACGUGAGAAGGUCAGGAAAGGCGAAGCUGCUCCAGAAAUACCCCAGCUGUCCAAACGAGGAGCGCAAACAGGGUUCAGGCUCAGACUCCAGCCUGUGUGGCCCUGUAUUGAUGUACACUCACAAGGUCCACUCAAAGCCAUACCCUGUUCAAGCUGCUACCAAGUCCAACAAAAGCCGUAGAUUACAAUGUGGAGAGUAUGAGCAGCCGGUGGAUCAGAGAAAGAAGAGUCAAGGGGCUGUCAAGUGGUUAUCUGAUGGGGAGAAGUUCCAAGCAUCAAGUGGACAGCGACAGUGGCCCAAAGAUCUCCAUACCCAAGUACCAGGAGGCAUGCAUUUGGUCCGCAGCAUGAGCACCAGGUCAGGCCAAUGGAUAGGACCUCCCCACCCCUUAAUGACCUCUAUGUCAGCUAAUACUUUCCAUAGUAAUCUCAAUGCCAGAUACCCCCCAGCACCUCACUGCAUAUCCAGCCAGUACCCACCUCGAUGCGAGUCUGAGUACUCCGCUGAGUGCAUGUCGCUAUUUCACUCUACUAUUGCUGCAAGCAGCGAUGGGGAGAUGAGCGACAACACCACCAAUCGCUUUGGGGAUAUCGAAUCCAGCCAAAGCUUCCAAUCCUUCUCAGACUCAGAAAGCAGCCUCUCCCUGGAUGAGGGGGACCAGUUGGACAACCUUGAGGAGGAGGGAGACCUAGUAUGGGCUGAAGCUACGCUUGGGCCCACUGCAGCUGGACAGACACUCCAGCAACUCCCACGACCGGAGCCCUCGUCCUGCCGCAUCAAAGCUUCUCGAGCCCUGAAGAAGAAGAUCCGUCGCUUCCAACCUGCCUCUCUAAAGGUCAUGACUCUGGUGUAGCGGUGUUACCUCAGGCUACAGCAGAGAACUGUGGGAAACUUUGUCUGAGCAUCAGCCUUCUUUUCUGUGCACUGAUUAUUUUCAUGAACAAUGACGUUAUAACCAAAGAAGCAUGCAUGUAUGACAAAAUUAUACUGACACUUAUUUGUAAAUACUAUUCUUAUUCACUCCUAAAUGCAUGUCUUUGCUAUUGGAGAUUUUGUGAGAAAUUCAUAAUAACAUGUACAACUAAACUUCACUUUUUGCUUUAGUUAUUUCUGUUGAUAGUUUAAUCAUA